CAUGUCUUGGUAGUGGUGAAUAAGAAUAAGAAUAAUUACUUAUAUAAAAAAAAACUUAUUCACAUUUAAAAGAUCUCCUGAGGCCCCACACUAGGUUAUGCUUGUCAUGUGGCAGCCAGAUUCGGUUUGAAAAAUGUAGUAACAUAAAAUAGGUAGUAACUCCGGUAACAUUAUCCAACCAAAGAUAAGGUUAAUUAAGAACUAGGUAAUAUUAUUCGGACAGAAGUACGUCUAAUAAGUAAUCUAUUAAUGAAAUAAUGCACACUAAAGUUUCUCAGUGGGUGCGUGCGUGUGUGUGUGUUUGUAUGUGUGUAUGUGUGUGUGUGUGUGUGUGUGUGUGUGUGUGUGUGUGUGUGUGUGUGUGUGUGUGUGUGUGUGUGUGUGUGUGUGUGUGUGUUCAUACUACACUAAUUUUAACUUGAGCAAAUAAAAUUAUUUUAUUAAUUAUUUUGAUCCCCCUGAAAACCCAGGCUAUGAUUAUAACCUGACAUAUACCUAAAUGCUGAUACUGAUUUCAAAAGUUCUAAUUAUUUAAUCUCUAGACUCACAAAUUAAAAGAGCAAAACCGUUUAAAUAUAUUCUGACGGUGACCAAACCAAAAACGCGUCAAGCGAAGAAGUACAAUAGCCGUGAUAAAAAAAUCAUACAUUUUUUGAACAAGUUCAAGGUCGGGACUAGUGUAUAAUGAUAUAUUACGCGGGAAAUUUUAUGAAGCUGUUUCUACUAGUUAUACACGUUGUUUAUUUAGUCACCUGCAAUAAUUUACCGGGUGAAUAUAUAGGAUAUACUGAGCAACUUUAAGUAUGGGACCAACCCAGAAAUCGCAAAAAAAAUUUGGCUGUCUGACAUAGACAUUUUCUAUGGGACAGAAAGUUUUUUUCCUGAUUUCGGGGUUCGUCCCAUCGUAAUGCUCAGUAUGGCCUAUAUAUUCGGCCUGUAAAUUAUUGCAGAUGACUAAAUAAACAUUCUGUAUAAUUAUUAUAAUUAAACACGUUACAACCCUAAAAACUUGUCACUCUAAAUUCAUACGCAAACUGCAACUUAUUAAACAGAAUCCGUAUAAUGAAUCCCGUAGCGCUACGCCGUAGUGGCUCUACGGGUGCUACGAAUUGCUACGCCAGUGUCGACAGAGCGCCCGCGGCAGGCGGACGCGUUCGCGACUUUCGCGAGUGAGUGACCGUUUGAAACUAGUGAACUCUAGUGAGUGACUCGAGUGUUGAUGGUGACCAUCAUGAAGCGGAUUGGGAUCCUGUUUAGACUUUUGUUCCUGUUAGAUGGAGGAGUAUGGUCGCUCCGCAACCUCUCCAUCUCUGUCCCUCGCGCAGUUCUCUCCGGCGAAGGUCAAGCGGCCGUCCUACGUUGCUCGUAUGACUUGGAGGGCGCCGCGCUGUAUAGCAUCCGCUGGUACCGCGCGGAGACAGAGUUCUACCGCUUCGUGCCGCGCGAGCUGCCGCCUACUAUGGUGUUCCCUCUACCAGGCGCAUCUGUUGAUCUCACGCAGUCAGACGAGCACCAGGUCCGCAUAGUCAACCUCAACCGGCGGCUAAGCGGGGACUAUCAGUGCGAAGUCUCAGCUGACGCUCCUCUGUUCCAUACGGACAUUCGUUCAGCACCAUUAACUGUCGUAGACCCGCCAUUUCGCGCGCCGCGCAUCACGGUGUCCCGUGGUAACUACGCGCGCGGCGAUGUCAUAAAAGCGAGCUGCACAGUUGAUGAGGCUUACCCUGCGCCAAACAUCACCUGGAUACUGGACGAACAUAAGAUCGCAGAAACAGUUGCUGACCCGGUAUCGGAAUUGGACUUCACCGAACGCGGAGCGUCUAGCCAGCUUGAGAUAACAGUGCUGGAGACGGAACAGUACCGAGUUGGACUGACAUACACCAGCAACAGCCUAGCCAGGGCCUACCACCAUGAGGAGCCUAGCAAGAACCACAGUGUAGUCAAGUAUACGCUGGUGCCACCGCCUAGCGGCCAAUUCGAGCUGGGCUGCGUGUCCACCAUACUGGACAUCUACGCGCGCCAGUCUGAGAGAGUGACUGUGCGAGAGGAUGCGCCGCGCCCUGCAUCAGUCACUGGCGAGGAUUCUGCGGGUGCCGCCCCCGCCCUUAGCCUCACCCUCGCCGCAUGCGCGUGCGCCUAUCACUUGUUAUGAUCGCGCACGCACCCCCGAAACUGAAUGUUGUGAUAGACACAUAAUACUUAAGAUAAUAUAUACGUCAAUGUUGCAGAUUAUAUGUGAAUAUGUAAAUAAAUUCAUUAGUUACUA